UGUACCUAAAACCGUACCUCAUCAGAUCCAUUAUCGGCCAACAUCUAAAGUAUUAUAUCACAUAGCAGACAUCAACGCUUCUUUUCCUCUUAUACUAUUGUUAUUUUGUUAAUGUAUUCAAGGAGCAAUUUGCUCAGUAACAUAUAGCACCCUUGUACCUCUUUAUUUCUGUUUACGCAAUACGGCAGCCUUAACGUUUUCUAGGAUAUCGCAAGCUCAACUGUCCAUAUUAAUAUACUCGCCAAAAUUCUAUAACUUAAAUACCUUGAUUCUGUUAAGUGCCUUAGGUGCCGUGCUUUAGUUACCUACCUAGGUACACAAAUUAGAAGAUACGUACUCGGAAGAAGCUAUGCAGAGCAACACGCCUAGCUCAUCUCGGCCGCUCACCUCCCGUGUGCCCGGCCAGCUUCACACACCCACUCACUCUUUUAGUGAAGCUGCCUUUACCCCAGAAUCCUCCGAUGUCCGAGGAGGCACCUGGAACGACAAGCGGUCUAGGGAAGAGCUAGAUCUCGCGCGAGCCAGGCUUACUGAUCAAAAAUUCAACAUGAGAGACUAUGAAGAUCCCCUCCUACCUCGCCAGCACCCACAGUCUCAUUACUAUCCGAAAGGCGUAACGGCUGAAAUAGAGGCUGAACUGCUGAAACUUGUUGCUGAACUUACAGGCUCCUCUAGUUGAUUCUUGUGAGCCUGGGGUGUACGUCGACUUAUGGGGAAGGAAGUAUACGCUAGAAUUUAUACUACUUGUCUAGUCCCAGGGAAUAUACUCUCUUUUUGCCCAAUGAGUCCCAGGGUCAUACAUAUAAUAUAUCGGAUUGAACUAGGAAAGCCUUACCCUCCCUCCCCUAUUUCAAGGAGCUGGCUACCGUUUGUAUAGACAGUAAAGCCUCGUAUCCCCGCAUAUCCCUGACGCGUCAGAUAUAGCAACGCAUUUAUCCUUUUCAACUCUGUUGGGAUUUCGUUGGGACUUCGGAAUAGAUUCUACAAAACGGCCGAACUUAUUGUGCUGAACGAUAUAAUAUAUAUCUCUUAAAUAGAAUGCGACCUAUGAAUAACGCCA